AUUUUAGGCGAAGAAAAAAAUAUUGAAUGCGAAAGAGCGAGACUUUAUCUGUUCUGGAUUUAUUUGACUUUCGAGCAAUCUACGGUGUAGAAGAUUAUUGAAUGUUUUCAACUGUGUAUGUGAUUAUAUUUUUAUUUUUGUAUUUGGUUUCGCUGUAAUUUAUUCAACGCUUCAUCUUCAUACGCUUCGAUCAAACGCCGUGAAUAUAUUAUUAUAUCCCGGCAUAUUGUUCACUUGUUGGACUCGUUUUAUAUAACGUAGAUAGAAGUUUGUUCAACACCUUCUACAGUGUUUUUCAGAAUACGAGACUUAAAAAAUGGAACAUUCCUUAAAUUUAGAAUGGAAGCAUUUAAAUCUAGAAAUAAAGAAGAGUGAAUUUAGUUUUUGGAAAUGUAGAAGACAAAUUGAAGAAAAAACAAUCCUCAAUGAUGUUAGUGGGAGUUUGAAAAGUGGGCAAUUGAUUGCUAUUUUGGGUGAAAGUGGCGCGGGUAAAACGACGCUACUGGCUGGCAUUUCCUAUCGGUUCCGAGGGAAACUAGACGGCCAGCUUUUGUUGAAUGGCACACCAAUCGAUCGCUCAACAAUGACGAAGAUCUCGUGCUUCGUUCCACAGUUCGAAAUCACGAUUGAUUCAUUGACACCAAAUGAGCAUUUGUAUUUUAUGGCCGAAUUGAAAUUGGAUCGAAAAUGGUCGCGUUCACGUAAAUAUCAGCGAGUUGAUUUUUUACUGCGAGAAAUGGGUCUGCAGAGUGUCGCCAACAGUGAAAUUAAAACUUUGUCCGGAGGAGAGCGAAAGAAACUGAAUUUAGCCACCGAUUUGCUCACAAAUCCGCCGAUCAUUUUCUGUGAUGAACCCACAACGGGCUUAGAUUCAUUCGGUGCACGAAAAGUCAUCGAAGCAUUGAAGUAUUUGUCCACAUCACACAGUGAAACUUCAUCAAUGUCAAUGGACGAUCAAUCAAAUGAAAUGAGUUUGAAAUCACAAUCGCCAAUUAAAAUGCCGCCAAAAGCCGUCAUAUGUUCGAUACACCAACCAACGUCGGAUAUUUUCCAGUGUUUUUCCGAAAUUAUACUGAUGCAUACUGGUCGUUGCAUUUUUCAAGGCAACACUGUGAAUGCAUUCAAUUAUUUUGUAAAUAUGGGAUUUAAUUGCCCUGCCAAUUUUAAUCCAGCGGAUUUCUUUAUCAAGACUCUCACGCAAAUGGACAAUCGGAUAGGCGCCAAACCGGAUGCAAUCAAUGAUUUUGAUGUCGCCUCCGAAGCGAAUCAAUCAAAUAUCGAAAGUUUAAAUGGAAACGGUUUUGUUCUGAAGCAGUGUCGCAAUCAUAAUUCAUUAUGGGUGAAGCAAGUUUGGAUUUUACUUCAACGAACGGCCAUCAAUGCAAGAAGAAAUUUAAAGAAAAUGUCGGUGGCUCUUAUUUGCUAUUUGGUGAGUGAAACUUUUCUUAAACGAACCAAAAUAAUCGCUUUUUCUAUUUUUCCAUUGAAAUGUCAGGUUCCAUUCGUUUCGUUUGGCAUAUUCUAUUCGAAUUUAACGGGUACAGUACAAGAGGAUGUGCAGAAUAUUCAGGGCAUUUUUUUCAUGUUGGUGUGCGAAAUUAUGUUUUCCGUUAUGUACCGAUGUUUGAAUUUCUGUUUAGCGAGCACUCCGUUAUUACGCCGUGAGACAAAUGAACGGAUAUAUGGCCUAUCAGCGUAUUAUGUGGCUGAGGUUCUGUCCGAUUUACCAUUUUUUGCCAUUCGACCACUAUGUGGCCUCAUUAUCACAUACAAUAUGGCUGGAUUCAAUAAAGGAAUCAUCUUUUUCCUUGAGAUGUGGUUAACUCUAAUAUUUUUGGCGUUCACCGCGAACGCAUACGGUCUUAUGUUGGUCGGAAUUUUUCGAUCGGUUAUUCUCGAGGUGCCAACGGUGUUCAAUCUCAUUUUUUUGGCGGUAUCGGGUGCAUAUGCCAGCCUAAGCGAUUUUCCAAUUUUAAAAUAUUCAUCACUAUUCUACUAUGCAUACGAAGCUAUUUCCAUUUUCUUCUGGAAUGAUGUCAGUGAAAUUGGUUGUUCGGAGAGAUUUGAGGGUCUUUGCUUGCGGAAUGGGACUGAAGUUUUGAUGAACAUAUCGUUCAACACUCAAACGAAUGAUGUAUUUUGGGAUUUUUUGGGACUUGUUAUGCUGGGUUCGGUGAUGCAUACAAUGGCUUUCAUCGGUAUUCGACGAUUCAUACAGAGCGCUGGCUAUUAUUAAUACAGUUUUAAGUUGAUAUAAGAAACCAUAAGUGCAAUAAACGUUUUUCUACAUUG